GCAGCUGUGCAACCAGAACUCAAACCUGGACCAGGAGCAACCAGAGUCUGCUCGUAUUAAAGAGGAAGAGGAGGAACUCCUCAGCAGUCAGGAGGAAGAGCAGCUUUGGCUGAAGGAUGAAACUGAUCAGUUUUCAAUACCGGCUGCUCAUGAGGAAGAUGGUCACAGUGAUCCAGAACCAAACAGGGACCAUAUUCCCUCUUACAGUCCUCCUGCAGACCAACAUUCACCUUUAGAGGAAAGCAUGGUUGAAGAUUCAGGACCAACAACUUGUGCAGAUACACAGCCAGAAAAGAGCUGUCUAACGGAGACAAAUGAGAACGUAGGAGAGUCCUUUCUGUUAGAAAGUCAUUGUAAUGAAAGAGAUGAGAAACAACAUUCCUGCAAGUUCUGUGGGGAACAGUUUAAAACUAAAAGUAAGUUAAGUGUUCAUCUAAGAAAUCACACAGGUGAGAGACCGUACUCUUGUCAAACCUGUGGGAAAUGUUUCGGUCGAAAUACUCAUUUGGUGUACCACAUGAGAAUUCACACAGGUGAGAAGCCGUAUUCUUGUCCAACAUGUGGAAAAUGUUUCAGUCAAAAUACUCAUUUGGUGUACCACAUGAGAAUUCACACAGGUGUGAAGCCAUUUUUUUGUCCAACAUGUGGAAAAUGUUUUAGUUGCCAGAGUACUUUGGUACGCCAUAUGAGAAUUCACACAGGUGAGAGGCCGUAUUCUUGUCCAACAUGUGGAAAAUGUUUCAGUCGAAAUACUCAUUUGGUGUACCACAUGAGAAUUCACACAGGUGUGAAGCCAUUUUUUUGUCCAACAUGUGGAAAAUGUUUUAGUCGCCAAAGUACUUUGGUACGCCAUAUGAGAAUUCACACAGGUGAGAGGCCGUAUUCUUGUCCAACAUGUGGAAAAUGUUUCAAUCGAAAUGAUAAUUUAAAGUACCACAUGAGCUCUAACAGAGGAUGUCAAAAGACACCUUCUAGAUUUGUUAACCUAAAAUCCCUUGAAAGACAAAAAACAGCCCACAGAGAUGAGAAACAACUUUCCUGCAAAUUCUGUGGGAAACGAUUUAAAAUUAAAAGUCGGUUAAUCGUUCAUGUAAGAACUCAUGUAGGUCAGAAGCCAUUUUUUUGUCAAACAUGUGGGAAAAGUUUCAGUCAAAAUUGUUAUUUGUUAAGUCACAUGAGGAUUCACACAGGUGAGAGACCGUAUUCUUGUACAACAUGUGGUAAAUGCUUUACUCAAAAAAAGCAUUUGGUGAAUCACAUGACAAUACACUCAGGUGUGAAGCCAUUUUUUUGUCCAACAUGUGGAAAAUGUUUCGGUCGCCGGGAUGCUUUGAUGAGCCACAUGAAAAUCCACAAAGGUUAAAGGGCGUAUUCUUUUCCAACAUGUGGAAAUUGUUUCAAUCAAAACGGUCAUUUAACAUUCCACAUGAGCUCUAACAGAGGAUGUCAAAAGCCACCUUCUAUAUGUAGGAAAUGAUUCAGUCUAAAUCACGUGUCAAAUUUAAGACCCGCGGGCCACAUCCGGGCUGUGAAUAAACUAUUUUUGGCCUGCAUGAACAUAUCUAAUCACUAUUAGAUCUGGCCCGCUGAUACAGCACACGUACCACCAUAAUACUACAAGUCCCACAAUGCACUGCUAGUACGUUUACAAUCACAGGCCUGCAAACGCGUACCUCACUGAUUCUCCAGAAACCUGACGGAGCUGCUCACCUUUGUGAACAACCCCUCUCCCCAGAAAAUGGCUAAAGGAAAAGUGGACUUUGUAAACAGAGAAUAUGUUUGUGGAUGUAAAGGACAAAGCUGUGUGUCUUCUGUGUGGAGACAGAGAGGCUGGAAUGAAGGAAAACAACGUAAGAAGACACCUUGAAAUGAAGCACCACCACAAAUACAAGCAUCUGGAAACAAAGACUCCAGAAGUAGAAGAGGUAUUAACCCUUUAGGCUCCAGAGUUUUUAGAAGUUUUUAAGGGAAACUGAGAAGAAAUGUUGAACAUGAACCAGAGUUUGAGUAGUAGUAGAAGAAAAAUUAUGCAUCUAGUUUCAUAUUGGUAGCCGUAUUAGACACUUAACCUAUGAUGCAUUUACAUACAUACAUACAUAUAUAUAUAUAUAUAUAUAUAUAUAUAAUAUGUUUAUCUACAGAGAAAACUUAUUGCAGCUACUUGUAUCAGUGAUUUUGUUCUUUCAGUAACUACCCACAACUGGUGACCAUAAGGUGAAGGGUAGGAACGUAGAUCAGCCAGUAGAUCUAAAACGUCACCAACAAACUCCUUCUACACCAAUACAGACUGAUGCAGAGUCUGUAUCGAUCUGCCUGUCAAUCUCACGCUCCAUCCUUCCCUCACUCAUGAAGAAGAUAAGAACUCCUCCACUUGGGCAGGACCUCAUUCCUGACCUGGAGAGGACACCCUUUUCUGGCUGAAGACCAUCGUCUAGAUUUUGGAGGUGCUGAUUCUCGUCCCAGUCGCAUCACUCUCAGCUGUGAAGCACGCCAGCGAGAGCUGGAGAUCACGGACUGAAGAAGCCAACAGAACCACAUCAUCUGCAAAAGGAAGAAACUCGAGAGGCGUCCUGAGUUCACCAAACUGGAUCCCCUGAACACCUCAGCUGAUCCUAGAAAUUCUGUCCAUAAAAGUAAUGAACAGAAUUGGUGACAAAUGGCAGCCUUGGAGGAGUUCAACCAUCACCGGAAACGACUGAUUUACUGCCGGCGAUGUGGACCAAGCCCUGACACCGGUUGUACAGGGACCGGACUGCUCGUACAAGAGGGUCCGGCACUACUCCCAGAGUACCCCCCACAGGAGUCCCCAGGGGACACGGUCAAACGCCUUCACUAGGUCCACACAACACAUGUAGACUGGUUGGGUGAACUCCCACGACCCCUCUAAGACCCUGAAGAGGGUUUAGACCUGGUCCACUGUUCCAGGACCGGGAUGAAAACCACACUGCUCCUCAAUCCAGGGUUCAUCUAUUCAAUGGACCCUCCUCUCCAGGAGCCCUGAAUAGAUCUUUCCAGGGAGGCUGAGGAGUGUGAUCCACCUGACAUACACACUCACAUUACUUGUACAUAGAAAACCAGAUACUGUGGUAGUUUUUUUUGCAUGUUAUUUCUUAAAGUCUCAUUUUAUCUUAUCUUA